UUGUUUUCUCUGAAAAUGGCGUCGGAUCCAAACAGGCGGUCAACGAAGGCCAUUAACACCGGAGCCCCACCACCGGAACAACAACAGCUUCCUUGUCCUCGAUGUGAUUCUACCAACACCAAGUUUUGCUACUACAACAACUAUAACUUCUCUCAGCCUCGUCAUUUUUGUAAGUCAUGUCGACGUUACUGGACUCAUGGUGGCACCCUCAGGGACAUCCCUGUUGGUGGUGGCACCAGAAGAAACGCAAAGCGUUCACGCACCACCACCCAUGGAACCGUCGUUUCUUCUUCAACCAAUGCCACUACCACCACUAGUUAUAAUGACUUCCACUUGCCAGCGGCUGCCACUCAGGUUUUACUGCCACUGUCAGGCAAUCAGGGAGAGUCCAAGGGCAAUGGUUUUGCUUCAUUGUUGAGUAAUCAUCCUCAGGGUCCUGGUUAUCUGGCUCUUGGUGGGUUCGGGCUUGGUAUUGGUCCAGCACUCGAAGAUGUUGGAGUUGGGGUUGGAAGAGGAAUGUGGGCUUUUUCCAUGGCAGAUGGUGUGGCUGUUGGUGGUGCCAAUGAUGGGGCUGCAACUGGAAUGGGGAAUCCAUGGCAUUUUGAAGGUGGAGAAGCGGGGAGUGGUUGCUUUUCUUGGCCUGAACUUGCUAUUUCAACCCCUGGGAAUUUGCUCAAGUGAAUCUUAUCUUUUUUGUUCAUCUUUGAAGGACAAU